AUGGACGACGAGGACUUCCAGUUGCAAGAUCAUGCAGUAGAUCUAUCUCAGCCAUCUGUAUCAAAUGAUGCUCUGCUUGUGCUAGCAGACACUGAAACUACUCCAACAAUUGUUCAGAUACCUAGGCAACUGCCUAGAAAUGAACUUGAACAGCUCAUCCCAAAGGAUUGGUUAACCAAUUAUGAAAGGCUUCAUUCAACCUCCCAACCAAUCCAGAUCACAGAAUCUUCUUUCAGAAGGAAUCCUGAUGGAACAGUACAGACUUCCUUCCAGCCACCACGGCAUUCCACAGGAUCCUUGCCUGUAUUCCAGACCAUGAUGGUCCAGCCAUUAGAAAAGGAGCAAGACGACUAUCCCGCUGGAGCAGUAACACUAGACAAUCAUUACAUCUAUCCUCAGAAAAUAGAUGGUCACUGCCCCUGGGAUCUCCCAGGUUCUGGAGCAUGCGAUGAAGAUUGUGACUGUCGUGACAAUUACUGGGAAAAUGAAUAUGACCAUCCUCUGUUUGACAAAAAUUGGAGGAAGCUCACCAAACAAACAAGAAGAGCCUCUUGCAAGUCACAACAAGUUCUCAGAAGAGACUAUCCAGAUAGUAGCCCAUGGAUUGGUAUCCAUGAGGAAACCAAGCAGAAGGAGCCUCUUCCCAUCUAUGAGUUUGCCCUUGAGAUCAUCAGAAAGGAAGGAAAGAAACUGCCCCCUCUCAAACCAGUUUCUUCCCCUCCGACUUCACUUCCUUUGAUUUUCCUCCAUUAG